AAAUGGCGAUGGAGCUAAGCAUCUUAACGCUCAAUAUAUGGGGCAUUCCGUACGUGUCCAAGGAUCGGGAAGUUCGCGUGAAAGCGAUUGGAGAUGUGCUGGCCAGUGGUAACUACGAUAUCGUUUCGCUGCAGGAAGUAUGGUCGGACAGUGACUAUCAGUAUUUGAGACAGCGGGUGGAAAAUGUUCUUCCCUUUUGCCACUAUUUCUAUAGCGGUGUCGUCGGUUCAGGGUUAGCGAUUCUCUCGCGCUACCCGAUUGUAUCGGCUUUCUUCCACGCCUGGUCCGUGAAUGGGUACAUGCAUCGCAUCCAGCACGGCGAUUGGUUCGGUGGGAAAGGGGUCGGUAUGGCAAAGAUCUCCGUAAACGAUCAGCUGGUGCAUGUGUACGUUGCUCAUCUUCACGCGGAGUACAACCGACAGUGUGACGACUACAUGGCGCAUCGUGUAAUACAAGCGCACGAUACUGCACAGUUCAUUGAAAGCACACGCGGCCAGUCGGUGCUGCAGGUGCUGGCCGGCGAUCUAAACACAGAACCGGGCGAUCUUGCCUACCGUGUGCUGGUGACGAGCUCCAAACUGAAGGAUUCGUACGAUCGUAAAGCGAUCGGGAGUGCUGUCGGCACGAACGAAUGUCACACGAAUAGCUACACUGAUCCAACGGCCGCCAAGCAACAGCCCAAUGGGAAACGGAUUGACUACGUAAUGUACCGGAUAGGGGACAAUUACGAGGGACGGUUACUGGAGCAUCGGCUACCACUUCCAGGACGUGUCCCAGGACAAACAUUUAGCUAUUCCGAUCAUGAAGCGGUAUACGCUAAGCUGAUCCUGAAGAAAAGUUCUUCAACUUCCACCAUCCAGAAUCUGAUCGCCUGCAGCAGUGGCAAGGAGGAAAGCUGUGAUCGUCUAUCACGGGAAGAAUCGCAACGGGAGGCAGUUCUGGCACUGCGCGAAAGUGUAGCCAUUUGCAACGAAAGUCUAAAGCAGCUGGAAUCACACCGCCGUAGCUACACACUGAUGGCAAUCGGGGUGAUUAUCGUGCUGAUCAAUUUGCUUGAACUGCAGGCACCGUAUGGGUUGAAGAUCGCUUUUUUAGUGCUCAAGUUUCUGCUGUGUGCUGUCAUCAUAUUCUUCGUCAUAAUGGCCACCAUCUGGAACGUGAUGGAAAAACACGGUAUACUGGCGGGCAAGCUGUCGAUGGAAAUUGCCCUCAAGGGGUAUAGUCUCGAUGGGUCGACCGGUUACGGUGGAGCGACGAGUGAAAAAUGA